AUGUGUGAGGUUACAAGUUGGAUUCCGCACGCCGUUGUGGAAACACUGCGCGACCGCUCCGCGCAGCCUGUACUCGCCUGGCUCACUACAAUACGAGCAUCGAUCGAAGAGUACGAUCCUCUCGUGGUUGUACGGCCACAGUCUUCGGUUUCGGUGGAAUCAGAAUCUGACAGUGCCUUCGACGAAAUCCUCUCCCAACUAGGAAAGGAGAUAUACAAGCUAGAUGAAUACCAAAGAAACUUAGCGCCGAACUUAAAGAACGUGUCAGUUAGCAUCAUGAAUAUAUUCGACGAGUGUCUCGAAGGUAUUGAUCAAACGCAGAGUGUGGAGACCGAGACCAAGAUGCUGGACCAAUCUAAAGCAGUGCCGGAUCAAAGUGUCACUCAUGAUAAUGAAUCUAGUGUUGAGGUGAGUUCCGUGAUGACGAGUACACCGGUGAGUGUUCCACCAGCGGUGCCGCCUCGCAAACUGAAGACGCGCUCACCGUCACCGUGUCCCUCGUACGAUAACAUGGAGUUGAAGGACGUUACGUUAUCAGACAGCGACUCAGAGAGCACGUGCUGGAGCUACCAGGAAUGUAACGUCGACAACGACACUGAACCGACCAAGCCUUACGAGGCGCUGUGGUCGCAUUCCAGCGGCUAUCACAACUCCGAUGAGAUAUUGCGUUGCGUCCUAUCACAGGCGCAGCAGAGGGCGACCAUAUCGCGAUUGUCUUUCGAUACAGCUAGCGACUUUUCGCCGCAGCCGUUUAAUGUUUACGCGUUACAAGAGGUGGGAGGCAGGUGGCGUUCAGUCGCAGCCAUGACGCCGGACAAGCCGUGCGACGACGGCUACGAACCGGUCCGGGAUGCUCUCACCGACGAGAAUAUAUACGAGGAGAUAGAAUACGGUUAUAGUUAUACGGACGAGGGGUGCUCGUGUGGAGGUAGUGUUGAGGUUGAGAGUUGUUCUAUAAGUGCCAGUUCGGACGGUGUUGGUAGAGAGAGUCCCUUAUACGCAAAUCUAAGAGACCACGACGCUUACGCGGUACCACAAGAUGUUAUAUCCUGGAAGAACAUGCUGCUGGAUCCGUACUACAACGAAGACGAGGAGGACGAGUGGAUCACCCCGGAAGAGUGCGAAGUAUACUCCCGGGAGAGAAGACCGCCGCUAGUUAUACCCCGGAUCACUCAAUAUCGCCCGCCUCGGACCUCCAGACCGCAGAUACAAUAUGCUGAGGAAACUCUACAAGAUGUUCCGGCCAAGUCUUGGAACUGGUCGCCGACGUCUGAGCGGUCUCGUCUCGACUUGGAGCGGAGCUACACCAAGCCCACCUGCGAUAAUUCGAUGCUAUGGGCCAACAAAAGACUUGGAGGUUCGACGGAGAACCUGCUGGCUCCGCGUCGUCCGAACCAGCUACAGCUGCCAGCCUCCUCGUCGGGAGACAGCUUGGAUGUGGAGGUCCGUGAGAGGGAUCACCACAAGGAGAGGAAUGCUCGCUCCCUCAUGAUGAUGAAGCACAAGUCACGACCAGUCGCCUCCCCAAGGACUGUACUGCACGCGCCCAUAGAGGCGACAGUUCUCUUCGAGGGUCCAGUGAAACGGACGAAGUUCUUCGAAGGAGGGAAAAAGGCCAAGAAGAAUUGGACCGACUGCUACAUGAUACUUACACCGACAGCACUGGUCUUCUAUAAAGAUCAAAGGACUUAUAUAGCUUCCAAGUCAUCCGGAUCACCACCAAGUCCGGGCGGUGCGCGCGCUGAGCUCGUGUUGCCACUAAGGAAUGCUCAUGUCCUAGCCUGUAUACAGAUGCAUACCAGGAGGUAUACCAGGUCGUUGGUGCUGACAGUGGAACAUGAUCAGUACUUGCUGCAAACGGAGAAUGAGGAUGCUGCACGACGUCUACUGGCUACAGUACACAACGUUAUAUACAAACUGGGUCCGCCAACUCUAGAGGAUCGUCCUAGUCCUUAUCAAAGCAGCAGCACGGACCUCGAGAGCCUCGGCCGGACCCCGCCUGUGGCCAGGCACAAUCGCAAACAGAAAGCCGGUGGCAGUAGCAAUGAAGAUUUGAGUGAUUCGACGGAAGUUUCUAUCCAGAAAUCACACGUCCGAAGUAGGUUGAAGAAGUUCUUCGCGAAGAGGCCGGCUAUGGAAGUUUUGGUGAAGAAGGGAAUCUACAAAGACGAGCCGGUGUUCGGUCGUCGUUUGGAGGAGGUUUGUCCUCUCACUCCUCCGCGAGUCCCGGAGUUCGUGCGCGCCUGUGUACGAGAGAUAGAAGCCAGCGAUGACAACAUGGCCACCGACGGUCUGUACCGGGCCAGCGGGAACCUCAGCCAGGUGCAGAAGAUACGUCUCGAGAUUGAUCAGAACAAUAUGUCGGUGAUUGAGAACAGCCCUGAUAUCCACGUAUUGACGGGUUCCUUGAAGCUGUUCUUCCGCGAACUGAAGGAACCGCUCAUCCCUUGCUGUCUCUUCGAUCGUGUGCUGGCUGCCUGUUCUAUACGUCCAAGAGAGGCCAGGAUCAGGGAGUUCCGUGAUAUAGUGCAGUCGCUGCCGCAGUGCAACCGGGAUACACUGAAAUUCCUACUGGAACAUCUAUUGAAAGUAACCCAGUACAGCGAGCGCAAUAGAAUGCACACAGCGAAUCUGGCCAUAGUAUUCGGGCCUACAUUGCUAUGGGCCCCAGCGGAACAGGCCCAUAAUAUAGCCAUAGACUGCAUCCAACAGAACAACGUGGUUGAUGUACUGCUGACUGACUUCAGAGAGAUCUUUGAUGGCACCAGGAAGAAGACGUGA